GGCAUAUACUCUCCAAUUAUUCCAUACUGUAAAAAACAAAAAUAUAUCCCUUGCUGGAGUCCCUUCCAUGGCGCCUCAGUUUCUUUCCCUCUUCCAAAUUCCACAUUUUUGAGCUAAUCAAAUUCAAAUAUAUUUGAUAUCAUUAUCCAAACAAACUCACCAUGGCUGCCUCUUCUCUGUUUAUAAAUCCUAUUAUCUCUUCUUCUUCCUUUACUGCACCUACUUCUUCUUGUUUUGUUUCAGUACCCAAAAGUUUUCUUGAAUUUUCUUACUUUUCUACUUCCAGAACAAAACCCAUUAGCUUAAUAUACACAAAAGUUAAUUUUUUGCAGUGUGAAAGGAGAUUUAGGGGAAGACCCUUCAAGAAAAGACCCUUAAUUGCAGCUAAGAACAUGAAAGUAACAGAGUACAGGGAAGAAGAGGAAGAGGGUCCUCCUCCUUUGAUUGAAUCUGAAAUGACUUCCAAGCCUAGGCGUAUUGCUAUUUUUGUUGAGCCUUCUCCUUUUGCGUAUGUAUCUGGCUAUAAGAACCGGUUCCAGAAUUUUAUAAAAUAUCUCCGUGAAAUGGGGGAUGAGGUUAUGGUUGUGACAACACAUGAAGGAGUACCUCAAGAGUUUUAUGGAGCAAAGUUAAUUGGAUCACGAAGUUUCCCCUGCCCCUGGUACCAGAAUGUGCCCCUGUCACUAGCUCUCAGCCCAAGAAUAAUUUCAGAAGUAGCACGAUUCAAGCCCGACAUCAUACACGCAUCAUCUCCUGGUAUAAUGGUAUUUGGUGCUCUUAUCAUUGCAAAGCUGUUAUGUGUACCGAUAGUGAUGUCGUAUCACACGCAUGUGCCUGUAUACAUACCUAGAUAUACCUUUAGUUGGUUGGUGCAACCUAUGUGGAUGGUUAUAAAGUUUCUACAUAGAGCUGCUGAUCUUACACUGGUGCCAUCUGCUGCUAUUGCAAAGGAUCUGAAAGCUUAUAGGGUAACAGCAGCUAACAAAAUACGACUCUGGAAUAAGGGUGUUGAUUCUGAGAGCUUCCACCCCCGGUAUCGGUCUCAUGACAUGCGGCUAAGACUGAGUAAUGGGGAACCUGAUAAACCAUUGAUAGUCCAUGUUGGACGACUUGGAGUCGAGAAGAAUUUGGAUUUCCUCAAAAGGUUAAUGGAUAGACUUCCCCAAGCUCGCAUAGCUUUUAUUGGAGAUGGGCCAUAUAGGGAGGAAUUGGAGAAAAUGUUCUCUGGCAUGCCUGUAGUGUUCACAGGUAUGUUACUAGGGGAGGAGCUUUCCCAGGCAUAUGCCAGUGGAGAUAUAUUUGUUAUGCCUUCAGAGUCUGAGACACUUGGAUUCGUUGUUUUGGAGGCCAUGUCAUCAGGACUUCCUGUUUUGGCUGCCCGUGCUGGAGGAAUUCCAGAUAUCAUUCCUGAUGAUCAGCAGGGAAAAACUGGAUAUCUGUUUAAUCCUGGGGAUCUCGACGACUGCUUGAGCAAACUGGAGCCACUUCUGCACAAUGCUGAAUUGAGAGAAACUAUUGGCCGGGCUGCACGAUCAGAAAUGGAGAAGUAUGAUUGGAGGGCUGCCACAAGAAAAAUUCGUAAUGAGCAAUACAACGCAGCCAUUUGGUUCUGGAGGAAGAAGAGGGCACAGUUGACGAGACCAUUUCAAUGGUUGUUCAAGCGUAGGCUCCAGGCACCCGAAGUACUUUAGGUGAUACAUUAGCCAGCAAAUAGAGUCUGCUGGAGUUAUGAUAAUAGAUUUGCAAUAUUGACCUAAAAUACCUAGCCUGUUGAGCUGUUAAGUAGUCAAUUCAAUCACUGUACAUGUGAUUAAUUCCCAUAAGUAUGGGAAUUUGUUGAUUUACAGUUUCUUGUAUUGAAGAAACCAACUCAAUGCAACCACAGGUUCCCAAUUGAAGGGAGAAGUGAGAGUUUAGGCUGUAGCCUUUAUACA